AGCAGCAGCAGCAUGUCGGCGGCAAAGAUAGUCGUCCAUGGCUGUGCCGGCAGGGAGCUUCGUGAGGGAGAAGAGGAACACUGUCCCGACGUCGAGGCUGGCAGCGGCGCCGUCAGCGCCCAGGAGGCGGCGCCGGGACGGGAGAGGCUCGUGUCGCUCGACGUCUUCAGGGGCAUCACCGUCGCGCUGAUGAUCAUUGUCGACGAUGUUGGUGGUCUUGUCCCGAAGAUAAGCCACUCGCCGUGGGAUGGCGUCACACUAGCGGAUUUCGUGUUCCCCUUCUUCCUCUUUGCUGUCGGGGUAUCGUUAGCCUUCGCCUACAAAAGGCGGUCGGAUAGAGUGUCGGCAACCAAGAAGGCUAUUCUCCGGGCCACAAAGCUGUUUCUUACGGGCCUCCUUCUUCAAGGUGGCUUCUUGCACAACAUACAUGAUCUCACCUACGGGGUUGACAUUAGCAAGAUACGUUUGAUGGGUGUCUUACAGAGGAUUGCGGUCUCAUACCUAGUGGUGGCGCUAUGCGAAAUCUGGCUAAGUGGUGGCGACGAAGGAGGCAUAGGCUCUGGCUACACAAUAAUCAGAAAAUACCGCCUCCAGAUGUUUGCCGGUAUUUUCCUCAUGGCCACAUACACAAUGAUUUUGUAUGGUUUGCACGUGCCAGACUGGGAGUAUGACAUCACAUCACCGGAUUCAACCACAAAGCAUUUUGUGGUGGCAUGCGAUGUGAGAGGGCAUACAGGGCCAGGUUGCAACGCCGUUGGCAUGAUUGAUCGAAGUGUCCUUGGAAUCCAGCAUCUUUAUACACGUCCGGUCUAUCUCAAAACAGAGUGGUGUAGCAUCGACUCCCCCGGCAAUGGACCGCUCCCGUCCGACGCGCCAGCAUGGUGCGAAGCCCCCUUUGAUCCCGAGGGCCUCCUAAGCUCCUUGAUGGCAAUCGUGACGUGCUUGAUCGGGCUCCAGUUCGGGCAUGUCAUCGUCCACUUUAAAGGACACGAUGAGAGAAUGGUGCGUUGGUCCAUUCCGGCAUUGAGCCUACUAGCUCUGGGCUUCACACUCAACUUGUUCGGGAUGCAUAUGAACAAGUCACUAUACAACCUUAGCUACACUUAUGUCACCGGAGGCGCAGCUGGUCUUUUCUUCGCAGGGGUCUAUUUAUUGGUUCGUAAAUAUGAACAAAAGGAUUUUAAGAUUUCAGUUCGAUGUUUAAUUAUAAAAUUUUAACUAUUCAUCUCACAUGACACAACUCGAGUUUAGAUUUCACCUCACGAAUCCAAAAUUGGACAAACAAAACCCUCAAAUAUGAAAAUGAAGGAUUCCCACUCUAACGGUAUGGGAGGAGAGCUAUCAUUAUCAAUUAGUAAACUUGAAACAACAAACUAUAGAAGGACAGAUCUACAAAAAAACAUAUGUGAAAAGCUAUGGAUUUUCAGAAAUAAUCACCAAAACUUUUUGUAACAAGGAUAAAAAAAAAUCACAAUAUGUAGAA